CAACGCGAUCCAAUCUGCCGUAUAAAACGCCCCUCUCGACGGUCCUUCGACCACUGUUGCACUUCUCGUUGCCCGGUCGUCGGUUAUUCUUCCACCAUGGACACCUCAUACAAGCUGCUGUUUGUCAUGGUUUUACUAAUAUACCAGCCGUCGCAUGGACAGUAUCAACCACCUCAACAAGCAGCAAUUUUAAGCGAUGCGAGAUACCAGGCUGGUGAUGGAACAUUCGGUGCGGCUUACUCGCAAGAAGACGGCGUCGAGUUCAAAGAGGAGAGCGACAUUUAUGGAAAUCGUCGUGGGUCUUACUCCUACGUCGAUCCAACGGGUCAAAGACGCACAGUGUCUUAUACAGCUGGCAAGAAUGGAUUCCAGGCAACCGGCGACGGGAUUCCUGUGCCACCGCCGCAAGCUCCGCCGCAACCGGAGUACGAGCCGCUACCGCAGUACAACUCUCCCGAUUAUCAACCACCGCAGUACAACCCGCCUCCGCGGCCGUAUCAACGUCCGAAUCCACCGGUGUACGAACCUCAACCGGAACCUCAACCAGAGUAUCAACCCCGACCGCAGUACCAGCCGAGACCUCAACCACCGUCCAUCCCCUCGUACAACCCCCCGCCACAGUAUCAACCCCCGGUUAAGCCGUUGCCGCAAUACAACGCGAUAACGACACCAGCCCCGAGGAGAUUUUAUCCACCGGGGAAACUGAACUUCAACAGGACUCCAGAUGGCUACUCAUAUACCUUUAGCAAAACAUAAGUAGGUACGUAACGUGUAAUUUGAACGAGAUCACCGCGAAUCUUGUUUCAUAAAGUGAAGUAUAUUUUUGGGUAAAUGUACUCAAUUUAAAAAAUAGUUACUACAAACGAAAUUCAUCUCUACUGUUUUGUACACAUGCUUUAUUUUUCACGUAAAAUCUGUUUAAUUAUUAGCAUUUAAGUGCGUAACUAUAUGGCGCCGUAAUUAAUUUAGGGCGAAGUUAGUUACCGGUUAACUGUAAUGAAAUUGUGUAAAUAAAUUACAACUGUCAACUCAUACGAA